GGAUAUAUUAGUAUAUUUUAUUGAACAGCUUCUAUUUAUUUAGCCAGUCCCCCAUAUUAAGGUCUUUGGGGUUGUUUACAUCUAGUGCUGCCACCAAUAUUAUUCAGCAAAUAUUUAGUGUCUGUAGCGUGUCAGGCCCAUUGUUCUAGAGGACUAAACCUGUGAGCCUGGUUUAGUGCACCCCUGUAGGCUGUCCUCCUAGACACAGAACUGUUGAGUAAGGGGAGCGUGCAUCGCCUUCACCUUAGGGCAUUGUUGCCCGUGGAAUACUGUAAAUUACGUCCAAGUACUAAACUACUGAUACUUAGUAAUUAGACUUUGGAGUGGUGUCUAGGUUCUGUUGUACAACCUACAUUACAGUGUAAUGAAGUUCUGGCACAUUCCUCCUAAGAAUUACUAAAUGCUAAAAUGUAUGUGGCAACCCCAUUUGGAUAGACUGAUGGAAAGAGUAUAUAUACACGGGCCAGAUGAAACCCUGGUGUAGCUGCAUGUAGGUUUGAGGGAUGACAAUGACAUGAAGAGGAUGGAGCACACACGCCUCAUUGGGUGUCACUGCUGGCGCGAGCAGUCCCUUUUCCAAACUCCAGGUAGUCAUCUGUGCCAUCAGAAUAUACAAAGACAAAAGGAGAUUCUGAUGAAGAAGUUGUUCAAGAUGGAAGAAAGCUUUCUUAGACCAGUUAUAUUUAUGAAGAUACCAGCCUCUACCACCAUAAUUCCAGGGAGUUACGUUACUGCCAGUUUUCCGGCCCGUGAGCAGAAGAACAAAAUGGCCACGUUGCACUGGAGUCAGAGUGUUCAUCGAAAAGAAAGCACAGCUAACACUUUUAGGAACAGAAAUGGACUAUGUUGAAGAUAAAUUAUCCAGUGAGUUUGUUUUCAAUAACCCAAACAUCAAAGGAACGUGUGGCUGUGGAGAAAGCUUUAAUAUUUGACUACUCUGGCUGUAAGCUCCAGGAACACUCAUGGAAGUCCUAGGGCUUACCAAAGAAAUCAUGUGACUGUCACGUGCUUAAAGUUUAUAAUGUAUGACUGCCUUACAAGGAAAAUAAAAUGAUGCAUUUUGAAAGUGAAGCCAGUGUGUUAGAUUCCAGAAGAAGCGAUACUUGUAUUCUUUUUAGAGGCAGGAAACGAGAAGCCAUUCCUCUCUUUGGGUCAUUUUCCUGAUUUUUAAAGAAAAAAAAUCCUACCCUGCACUUAAUUGUCUUGCAUCCUUUCCAUUAGAAGCAGCUUCACGAACGCUGUCUACCUGGAAGGAUUUCAGGAAAUGUAUUUUUAAUACGCGUGCACGCCAUAGCUUGCUGUUGAGAGUGGCAUGAACGUGCAUUUCCCGACCAGAUUAAUGGCUCGUAAAAUUCAGAGGCAGAAGAUCCUGAGAGCGGGCGUGACAUGGAACUGCACUGGUUUUCUCCCCAAACUUGACGGCAUUUCUACAGUUGUGUCCAAAAUGUCUUUGUCAGAUGCCUCAUUUGCUUUACCCUUUAGCAGCACCAGCCAGUAGAUGAAAGUAUCGAACAGAGAUUUCCUUGAACUGCAGUGCAGAACAGUUCUGAGUGCUGGCAUCAAAAGGUAAGAAAUACUUCACACACUGUUUUUAAUCCAUUUCUUUUGCCACCCAAAACGUCCCCUCAAAGGUGGAAUCUCAAGCUGGUGUCUUAAAAGCCAUCCAGCAUACCCCCUCGAUUCCAUACCUGGGGAAGCAACCCCCAGUUCGUCCACCGUCACUCUGUGGGCUGUGUAGCCGCAGAGCUGGGACAACUCUCUCCUCCCGCCCGUGUAGGGGACAUUAGCUCUGCAGUCAGUGAAGAUCAGUGUGUGGUCUGGCUUCUUUAUCUGAUUGGCAUUUUGAUAAGAUUUCUUUGUAAUUUGAUGAAGCUCAUACUUAGUUUAUUUUAUUUUGAGUGAGAAGAAUCUUAUUUUAAAACCCACUUAUGUGAAUUACCAUCUUGUUUCUUUAGAACUUUCAAACAGUGGUUUAUGCUAGCAGAGAAGACAUUUGUAGCAACCCCGAAAUAUCCUUUCGAGUAUAGUUGUCAGUUUGAAGCAGCACAUGAGGGUCUUUUCUUAAAAUUCCCAAUACGUGUACACUUCCUGUAUCUCAAGUUCAAUGACUGAAAUUCUUAACCUAACAUUUCGUCACCAACUUUUCUUUGAUGGCAUUCUUUUUGCCAUUUAGUUACUGGUUUUCCUGGGUUUGACAUACUAAGAGUUCUAUGAGAAAACACAUACGCUUUUUUUUGAAAGCUGACUUUGUAUUGAAGUAGCCGUCCUAUUUAUGUCCGUCGUGUUUACUGAAGUAGCUGGCACAGAGUACACCAUCGCCCAGAGCAGUAACUGUAUGUACGCGCUCCUGAGUCCAUAUUGUUAAUGAUUGUCAGCCCACUUAUUAUCUGUGCAAUACUGUACGUAUGUAGAGAUUGAAUUGUCAAUAAAAAAAGGACAUGG